AUGCCAAAAAUUAGAGAGUAUAAUGAAAAAGAAUCUUUGAAAUUGGACGAAUGUUUUAAAGAAUCUUUGGUACGCAUUAGACCUUACAUUUUAGGACUAACGUCCACAGAAAGUGCACAUUUGUGUAGAGUUUGGCUUCAUAAAUUAUAUGCUGCUUCUUCGCAACGUCGUCUAAGAAAUGAAUAUCUCGUGGAAUUAUGGAGGCAACUGAAGACAGGUCGUUUGGGAGGAAUUUUCAGUAGACCUCCUCCUAAUGGAUAUCUUUUACCACUACCUAAGUCGUAUCAUAUGGUACCUAUAUUUGGAUUUAUAAAAUUUAUCCUAAUUAAAGAGUAA